CGGCAGCCCGGCGGCGGGAGUCAGGCUACCGCUCGGCCCGCGGCAAGUGUUGGGCGGCUGGCCUAGGGGAGCCGGGGCGGGGCGGCGGCGGCCAGCGAGGGAGCGCGCGGGCGGCCUGGCCCCGCCCCGGUGACCUUCACGGCCCGGGCGGCGGGCGCAGGCCCGGCGGCGGCGGCUGCGGCGGCGCGAUGUUCGUGCAGGAGGAGAAGAUCUUCGCGGGCAAGGUGCUGCGGCUGCACAUCUGCGCGUCCGACGGCGCCGAGUGGCUGGAGGAGGCGACCGAGGACACGUCGGUGGAGAAGCUCAAGGAGCGCUGCCUCAAGCACUGUGCCCAUGGGAGCUUAGAAGACCCCAAAAGUGUGACCCAUCACAAAUUGAUACAUGCUGCUUCAGAGAGGGUGCUAAAUGAUGCCAAAACAAUCUUGGAAGAGAACAUCCAAGACCAAGAUGUCUUAUUGUUGAUAAAGAAGCGUGCUCCAACUCCACUUCCUAAGAUGGCUGACGUCUCAGCAGAAGAGAAGAAAAAACAAGACCAGAAAGCCCCAGAUAGAGAUGCUAUCUUCCGAGCAACUGCCAACUUGCCAUCCUACAACAUGGACCGAGCUGAGGUCCAGACCAACAUCAGAGAUUUCCAGACAGAACUCCGGAGAAUCCUGGUGUCUCUCAUUGAGGUGGCUCAGAAGUUGUUAGCGCUGAACCCAGAAGCUGUUGAAUUGUUCAAGAAGGCAAAUGCGAUGCUGGACGAGGAGGAGGAUGGGAGAGUGGACGAGGCCGCCCUGCGGCAACUCACGGAGAUGGGCUUCCCGGAGAGCAGGGCCGCCAAGGCCCUCCGGCUGAAUCACAUGUCGGUACCUCAGGCCAUGGAGUGGUUAAUAGAGCACGCGGAAGACCCGACCAUUGACUCGCCUCUUCCGGGCCAGGCCUCACCGGGAGGGGCGCGGGCUGAGGCCACUCCCGAGGCCGCUCCCGAGGCUGCCCCCGAGGCUGCAGGGACUAGCACGGAAGAUGAGGAGCCCAGAGAUGAGCUAACGGAGAUCUUCAAGAAGAUCCGGAGGAAAAGGGAGUUUCGACCUGAUGCUCGGGCUGUCAUUUCCCUGAUGGAGAUGGGCUUCGAUGAGAAGGAAGUGAUAGACGCCCUCAGAGUGAAUAACAACCAGCAGAAUGCUGCCUGUGAGUGGCUGCUGGGAGACCGGAAGCCCUCCCCCGAGGAGCUGGACAAAGGCAUCGACCCUGAUAGCCCUCUCUUUCAAGCCAUCCUGGAUAACCCGGUGGUGCAGCUGGGCCUGACCAACCCGAAAACAUUACUAGCAUUUGAAGACAUGCUUGAAAACCCCCUGAACAGCACCCAGUGGAUGAAUGACCCAGAGACGGGGCCAGUCAUGCUACAGAUCUCCAGGAUCUUCCAGACCCUGAACCGCACGUAGGUGGGGUGGCUGUUCCGCUGUGCUGCCCUAGCACCUGUCCCAGGAGUUGGGGACGGAUCCAGACAAGGAGUCCUCUUCCUGUCCCCCAGCCCAUCGCAGAAGAACAUGGAGACCCCUGGGUGCUGUGGGCUGAGUGGGGGGCUGGGUGGGGCUGGAGGGGCCUCGCUUGCUAGACCUUGCCCUCCAUGCCGCCCUGGGUUGUCCGGCACAGGGGCUCUUCUCAUGCUUUGAUCUUCUGCUUAAAAACUUGUGUGAUGGCAGUGUGCACGGCCGCAUCCAACCUCUGACAGUGUUUACAGACGUGGUGGCCGCUCCAGGAGGGGUCACCUCCCUCCACAGUGUCCCUCUGGGCUCUGGAAACGCUCCUUGACCCAACCCGUAGGCGCUGCUUGUUACUUGGAAGAAGGCAUGUUUCAACCCAAAGUGUUAAGGUCCGUACUAACUUACGUAGAGGAACUCACAGAUGAUUUUUCUUUAAUAAAUAAAUCCCCUUUUUCCUAU